GGACGGAACCUUUUCCAGCGGUUGCGUGCCGAUACAGCGGGUCGCGGUGAUUGGUAAUAUAUGCUGCACUUCCUCAGUUUGUGUGUUAGGGCGUUGUUAGUGCUCAACAAGAUGCCUAAAUUUCACGGUGACGUCGUAAAGUUAGACGCGGGUAUUGCUCGGCAGGACCAUUGCUUCAAUGGAAUGACGACAGUGUUGGGGCCGCAGUUAAGUCUGUCAACGAAGCUGAUUUCCUCUUCCCCAUGGCUCAUAUUUGAGUGCUAUUGCGUCCUUCUCUCGACUGCUUCACUAUAUUCAACUGCACGUUAAUAAGUCCUUCCGUCAUCGAGCUCAACCGCUCUUGCCCAAUUCGGCUACCGACUAUCUCCAAACAGACGUGAUCCUCAAAUAUGUUGUGGGGUUCUAGUCUUCGAGAUCGUCGCGAUCAGGACCCUAGGAGGAAUCCAUGGCACAACGAGAGCCAGUACACUGAGAAUGGACAAGAAAGAGUAGCAACUGCAGACAACAGCAGUGACGGCAGCAGUCCAAACGGCGUCCUUAGGACUGGAACCUGGGGUGAACCUGAUGCGGGCAGAUUCGACCCUACCACUGCAACGGCGGACAUACAUGCUCUUCAAGAAGAGCUUGUGCUCCUAUCACGCACACGUUCCCAGACCGCACGCUCAGAGCAAAACCGUGAAGGGCUCAUGCGCCCCAGCAGAAAAAGCACUAGCCGUAGUGUCUCCCAUCAAGCAUCCCGCGUAUCACAUACCAACACCAGUGACUCGACUGCUAUAGAAGGCGAAGAGGCUGCAGGAGCUGCUGUGGCGGCUGAGAAAGAAGACAACUUCGAACUCGGCGACUUUAUGAAAGAGGGAUACUUUGAGAAGAGGAAAAAUGGCAGGUCAGCGAAGAAGGUCGGUGUAGUCUGGAAGAAUCUCAACGUCAAGGGAGUCGGAUCUACCGCCACCUUCGCAAAGACCGUCCCUGAUGCGAUUAUUGGGACGUUCGGUCCCGACCUGUACCGCAUCGUCACACGCUUCAUUCCCGCUUUGCGCCUCAACCGCCACCAACAAACCCGCACACUCAUUAAUGACUUCUCCGGCGUUCUUAAGGAUGGAGAGAUGAUGCUCGUACUUGGACGGCCUGGAUCCGGGUGCUCAACUUUCCUCAAGGCAAUUGCGAACAACCGAGAAAGCUACGCAGCUGUCGAAGGAGACGUCCAUUACGGAGGCAUCUCCGCAGAGAAACAAGCAAAGCAGUUCUGCGGUGAAGUGAACUACAACGAAGAGGACGAUGUUCAUUUCGCCAACCUGAACGUCUGGCAGACACUUGAAUUCGCUCUUACCAACAAGACAAGGAAAGGCCGGAAAGAUGAAAUUCCAAUCAUUCUUGAAGCUCUGCUGAAGAUGUUUGGCAUCUCACAUACGAAAUACACACCGGUAGGAGAUGAGUACGUCCGUGGUGUUUCUGGUGGAGAGCGGAAGCGAGUGUCUAUAGCAGAGACACUUGCUGCCAAGUCCACCGUCGUGUGCUGGGACAACAGUACCAGAGGUCUCGACGCCUCAACUGCUCUCGACUACGCAAAGUCCCUCCGCAUCAUGACUGACCUGAGCAACCGCACAACAUUUGUCACUCUCUACCAAGCUGGAGAGGGCAUCUACGAACAGAUGGACAAGGUCAUGGUCAUUGACCAGGGUCGCUGCAUCUACGAAGGGCCUGCAAAAGAGGCAAAACAGUACUUCCUCGAUCUGGGCUUCUUCUGCCCCGAGCGACAGACCACUGCAGACUUCCUCACCGCUGUCACAGACCCUACUGAGCGAAAGUUCCGAGAAGGAUACGAGGAUAGCGCUCCGAAAACACCGGAGGAUCUCGAGCGAGCUUUCACAAACUCCGAGACAUACCAGAAAAUCCAAAGAGAUAUUGCGAGUUACGAGGAGGUCCUAAAGAGGAGCGACUACAUUGACGCUAGGGAGUUUGAGGGUGCUGUUGCUGAGAGCAAGAGUAACAGCAAGCUCAAGUCGAAGAAGUCACCCUUCACCGUCUCGUUCGUACGACAGGUCCUAGCGUGUACAAAACGUGAGUUCUGGCUCACCUGGGGCGACAAGACCACGCUAUAUACCAAAUUCUUCAUCAUUAUCUCAAACGGUCUGAUCGUCGGCUCUCUCUUCUACGGACAAUCCUUAGACACGUCUGGCGCCUUUACAAGAGGAGGUUCAGCGUUCUUCUCCAUUCUGUUCCUUGGUUGGCUGCAACUCUCCGAGCUGAUGAAGGCGGUCUCUGGCAGACACGUUGUCAAGAGGCACAAAGACUACGCAUUCUAUCGACCAAGCGCUGUCAGCCUGGCUAGAGUUCUCCAGGAUAUCCCGCUCCUGCUGGCUCAGGUCAUUCCCUUCUCUAUCAUCAUGUACUUCAUGACUGGUCUUGAUUUGGAUGCUGGCAAGUUCUGGAUCUACUUCCUCUUCAUCUACAUUUCCACCUUCUGUAUCACAUCGCUCUACCGAAUGUUCGCCGCCAUGUCACCGACUAUCGACGACGCUGUGCGCUUUGCCGGACUAGCCCUCAACAUUCUCAUCGUAUUCACCGGUUACGUUAUCCCUAAACCACAGCUGCUUUCAAAGUACAUCUGGUUUGGUUGGCUAUUCCACAUCAACCCCGUGGCAUAUUCGUUCGAGGCGGUUCUGACCAACGAGUUUUCUAAUCGAGUCAUGGAAUGCUCGCCAUCUCAACUUGUUCCCCAAGGAUCUGGUAUCGAUCCUGCAUUCCAGGGCUGCAGCUUGACAGGUGCACAGCCGAACUCGAACACCGUCAGCGGAGCUUCGUAUCUGCAGACCUCGUUCGAAUACACAAGGUCCCACCUUUGGCGCAACUUUGGCGUGGUCAUCGCAUUCUCGGUUCUUUACCUGCUUGUCACUGUAUGGGCGACCGAAUUCCUCUCCUUCUCGAAAGGUGGUGGUGGUGCUUUGGUCUUCAAGAAGUCGAAGCGCGCGAAGAAGGUUGUCAAAGAAGAGACGAGUGACGAGGAGAAGGUCGUAGCCGGCGACUCAAGCGGUAGCUCUUCCGGUGACGGCACCAAAGAGGAGGAAGAAGCCCUGGCCUCGAUUUCGAGCAGCGAGAGUGUUUUCACUUGGAAGGACGUCGAAUACACCGUACCUUACCAGGGCGGCGAACGUAAACUUCUCAACAAGGUCAACGGAUACGCGAAGCCUGGAGUCAUGAUUGCCCUGGUUGGUGCUUCAGGUGCUGGCAAGUCUACGCUUCUCAACACGCUUUCUCAGCGUCAGAAUACCGGUGUCGUCUCUGGCGAGAUGCUUGUCGAUGGUAAACGCCUAGGCAAGAACUUCCAGCGUGGCACUGGUUUCUGCGAACAGAUGGACCUUCACGAUGGUACCGCCACUAUCCGCGAGGCUCUCGAGUUCUCUGCUAUUUUACGUCAGGAUAAGAACAUUCCACGCCAGGAGAAGAUCGAAUAUGUCGACAAGAUCAUCGACAUGCUCGAACUGCAAGAUGUUCAAGACGCUCUCGUAUCGAGCUUGGGCGUUGAACAGAAGAAGCGUGUCACGAUCGGUGUUGAGCUUGCAGCGAAGCCUUCGCUCCUGCUCUUCCUUGAUGAGCCCACCAGUGGACUUGACAGCAACUCGGCCUACUCAAUCGUCACUUUCCUGAAGAAGCUCGCAGCCGCUGGCCAGGCAAUCGUCUGCACCAUCCACCAGCCUAGCAGCGUUCUCAUUCAGCAAUUUGACAUGAUUCUCGCUCUCAACCCUGGUGGCAAUACCUUCUACUUCGGCCCUGUCGGCGAGAAUGGCAAGGACGUGAUCAAGUACUUUGGCGACCGCGGCAUCCAAUGCCAUCCCAGCAAGAACGUAGCGGAGUUCAUCCUCGAGACUGCAGCGAAGCCAGUCAAGCGCAAGGACGGCACUCGCAUCGAUUGGAACGAGGAAUGGCUCAAGUCUGACAACGCCAAGGAAGUCCUCCACGAGAUUGACCGCAUCAAGAGCGAGCGCAGUCAGAAGGCUCCUGCCAGCCAGGAUGCUGGAGAGGAAUCUGAAUUUGCUGCUCCGGUCUGGCUGCAGACUACGAUGCUCACAAAGCGUACAUUUGUCCAGCAAUGGCGUGACUCUUCAUACGUCUAUGGCAAGCUCUUCACUGCUGUCAUCAUCGGUAUCUUCAACGGAUUUACAUUCUGGCAGCUGGGCAACUCCAUCGGCGAUAUGCAGAACAGGAUGUUCACGUCUUUCUUGAUUAUUCUGAUCCCGCCGACGAUUGUCAACGCUGUCGUGCCCAAGUUCUACCAGAACAUGGCUUUGUGGCAGGCACGUGAACUGCCAUCUAGGAUCUACGGCUGGUUUGCAUUCGUCACCGCGCAGGUUGUUUGUGAGAUUCCCAGUGCCAUUGUCGGCUCGGUUCUGUAUUGGCUCUUAUGGUACUUUCCAACCGGUCUGCCUACCGAUAGUUCCACAGCUGGCUACGUCUUCCUUAUGACAAUGCUCUUCUGGCUGUUCAUUAGCAGCUGGGGCCAGUGGAUCUGCGCUUUUGCGCCCUCCUUCACGGUCAUAAGCAAUGUGCUACCCUUCUUCUUCGUCAUGUUUGGUCUUUUCAACGGUGUUGUUCGCCCAUACUCUAUGCUUCCGGUGUUUUGGAAGUACUGGAUGUAUUACAUCAACCCUUCCACCUACUGGAUCGGAGGCGUCCUCGCAGCGACACUCGACGGUAUACCCGUCCAAUGUGCCGACACCGAGACCGCCAUUUUCGACGUCCCAUCCGGCCAGACAUGCUCCAGCUACGCCGGCAGCUUCGUCCAACAAUCACCCGGCUACCUGCUGAACCCCGAAGCCACCAGUGGUUGCAUGUACUGCCCCUAUACCACCGGCAACGACUACCUUGCCACUCUCAACAUUCAAGCAAGUCAAAAGUGGAGGGAUUUUGGUAUCUUCCUUGCUUUCUGCAUCAGUAAUUGGGCGCUUGUGUACUUCUUUGUGUGGAGCGUGAGGAUCAAGGGCUGGGGCUUUGGGUUUGGUAAGCUUUUUGGUACCAUGGGCAAGAUUGUGGAGAAGGUCAAGGGAAAGGGGAAGAAGAAGCAGGGUGAAAGCCAGGCCUAGGGUCUGACAACCUGGAAAGUACUGUUAGUGGGAGCUCGAGGUCGCCAACCGUGUUUUUUUGAGAGGUUCAACUAGAUCAUCUGUUUCGACAUAGUAUAGCCAUAUACCAUAUGUUAGACUGCUUUUUCGA